AACAUCACAGGCUGUGACGCUUCUCGCGGUCUCCUGCGCUCCCACAUUCCAUCACUCCUUGCUUUCAAAUUGUCGAUUUCUCUUCGCUCCUUGUGAACCACAGCAGAGCUUUCCGCUUCCGCAAGCUUCCGCAAGCUUCAAGGCGCGACGAUCGCCGCUGCCCGACUGCUCCCAGACAUGGCGCCAAAGAAGGCCAAGCUGCCUAGCGCCGGCGGCAAGUCCGAUGGCUCGUCUCCAUCCGAGGAGCCGCAAGGCAACCUCCCCGGUCCUCAGGGACUGAAGCGCUCUGCGGAUGAUCUUACCGACGAUGAGAACCCGGAUGAGGUCAACGGAGAGGGGCUCCGUCCAUCGACCAAGAAACAGAAGGUCGCAUUCGCCGAUGAAGUCACGGCUUCGUCCUCAUCUCCUCUCAACAGGGAAUCCUCAACGCCUGGCGCGGACUCUGGCUACUUCAGUCCCCAGGAGGACUCGGACGUCGACGACGCGGCGAGCGAUGCUUGCGGUGAGUCUGCCAACGAGCGCCCCAGGGGCCCAAUCGACACCAGCCUGCCACCCAUGUCCGACGUCCGCGAGAUGUUCGGGGACAUGGUGUCGCGGCUCGGCCCGGGCGCCCUGCAAUCCAAGCCCGUCAAGUUGAACGUGGCGACCCUCUGCUCCGGCACGGACGCGCCCAUCUUCGCCCUGAAUCUCAUCCAAGACGCCAUGCAAGCGCUGAGCUUCGGCGCCGGUUUUGAGUUUGAGCAUCUCUUCAGCUGCGAAAUCGAGCCCUUCAAGCAGGGUUUCAUCCGCCGCAACCUUCCUCAUGGCACGCUCAUAUUCCGAGACGUUGUCGAACUCGCGAGCGCGAAGGGCCAGGCCACGACGGCAGGCGGCGCCAAGGCCGCGAUCCCGGCGAAGCCGCUCGACAUACUUUUUGCCGGCUGCUCUUGUGUCGACUACUCCAACAUGAACCAGAACAAGCCGAGCGAGAGUGCGCCGACACUCGACCGCCACCUGAAAAAAGAUGGCAACAAAGGCAGCACACGGAAGGCUCCCGAGGAGCAGGGAGGAGAAGACGUGCGGGUGCCUGUGGAGAUCGAUGACGAUUUUGUCAAGGACCUGGACCAAGGUCUCGAUGAGCUCCUUCGAGUAUCUGCCGGAGAGUCGGCAAGAACGUUCUUUGCGGCCAUCAAGCUCAUCACCGCCCUGCGACCGAAGCUCAUCAUCCUGGAGAACGUCGCUGGCGCGCCCUGGAGCAUGUACACCCACAAGAUAUUCCCCAAGAUAGGCUACCUGGCCCACCACGAAAAGCUGGAUAGCAAGUACUUCUACCUGCCCCAGACCCGUCAGCGAGGAUACCUAGUGGCCAUCGACGCCACCCAUUUUGGCGAGGACUUGGCCCACGAGAUUACCAGUGCUUGGCCAGGUCAGCUGUACAAGUGCAAGCGCCGCCCUUCAGCCCCGGUCUCGGCCUUUCUUCAACCGCCCGACGCGCCGGCCACGAUCCAAGCCAAGGCCGAAAUGGAAUCCAGACCUCCUUGCAACGCGGAUUGGUCCCUCUGCCAGCUCCGGCACGCCGACACGCGCCGGAACAAGGACCUGCGUCGCGAUGACAAUCCGUUCAGCAAGAAGGCCAUGCGCAACGGCCGCGUGAUAUUCGCAUCUUUCCCCUCGCACUCUUGGCGGCCGUUCUGGCAGGCCCAAGUGCCAAGGAUCGUCGAUCUGAUGGACAUUGUGGUCGCCAUCCUCCUUGCCAGAGGCGCUGACUUGGCCUUCAAGACGGGCAUGGUCGAUGCAAGCCAAAACGUCGACCGCCUCCCGUAUGUCGUCGGCAGCGGCAGGCGUGGGUUGAAGACUCUCGGCAUUGUCGGGUGCAUCACGCCCAACGGCUUGCCCAUCGUCACCGACCUGAUGCGCCCAAUCACGGGGACGGAGACCCUGGCGCUCCAAGGCCUCCCGAUUGACGAACUGGUCAUCUCGACCGAGACUCAAGCUCAGCUCCGGGACUUGGCGGGUAACGCCAUGUCCGUCACCGUUGUCGGUGCCGUCACCUUGGCCCUCCUUCAUGCUGUCGCUCAGGCUGCACCGUCGCAGCUUAAUCAAAUCUCAUCGGUACAACUCAGCCCUGGCCUUUAUCUCGUCCCCCCCCGAGGCGAGUCGCUGGGUUUGGGCCGACCUAGCGGCAUCACCUUGGACGCUGGGAAGCUCCUUGCCUUCGCAACCAAGAUGGUCCGGGUGUGCUACUGCUUUGCGCCGGCAGGCAAGGUCCUUGAGUGCACCGCCUGCGGUGUAACGGCCUGCUCGGCCUGUCGCGGGAACCCGGAACACGAUUUCGUCGCACGCCAUGCCACGGGCCCAGAACUGUCCGCUGGCCCGGGCAAAACCGAGCUCAGGGACUACUUGCCCCAUGCUCUCGCGCUCCCCAUCCCGCCCUCGACUAUCCAGUACGGCCUGACGUCAGUCAAGGAGGAGCUGUACCGCAAAGUCGUCUCGGAUGCUUUGGCAAAGGACGCGAUGUACUAUUUCGAGGAUAUCAAGAUCACCGAGGUUGUGACGGUGUGCUACAAGAGCUCCUGCAGCAUUGCCCGUCUUGUCUUGUCUCCAGACUCUGGCUGCCACUGGUACAUCUACAUCGCGCCCUGGCACCCCGAGCGGGCACAACUCUCGGGCGCGUUCGAUUUCGACCAGCCCGUCGCGCGGGGGCGACUCUCCAGCGGCGAUAGCGUCCCUCAGUGGUCCAUCUGGACUCUUGGUGAGGUCAAACUUAAACUUCGCCUGGCCUCGAAUGCAGCCGGCGCGUUGGUCGCCAGCGAUCUGUCCCUGGCAGGGGACCACAGCGAUGGCUCGCCACCAUGCGCGUCGCUGCUGGCGUGGAAGAAGGUCGUCGAGUCGAAAGUGUGCGGUGCGUACCUACACCACCCCGACUGCGGCACUGCGGGGUGCGCCCUGCGUAUCAAACAAGGCUCGGCACCUGCCACCAGGGUCUUUAUGAUGUGGGAGUCCGCGGGACUUCGCAAUCCGGCGCUUGACCAUUUUGUGUGGACGGAAACGGUGAGGAGAAUGGAGCCUCAUGAGUAUCGCGAGACUCUUCUCCACGCCAGACCGGCGCUCGCCUGGAACCUCAAGUCCGACCCCGGACUGGUGGACGUCUUCUGGCCCGGGUACUGGUCAACCGCUCCGACGGCUGACGAUGCUCCGGAGCCGGCUAGGCCGAUGCCGCCCGUUGGAGAUCUGGUCCAGGUCCACUGGGGCUCUUCGGAGACUAUCCGCCAGGCCGCUUGCCAUGCACAGCAAGGAGCUCUCGUCGCUCGCAUGCCCGUUCUCGCCACGGUCGACGCCACGUUCCGCGACUUCCCACUCUCGGCGUACCGACUGCCCAACAUCAAGUUCUGCGAGACCAGCGAGACAAACGACGGUUUUCAUGUCAUUCCCGCGAGCCGGUCUGAUGCGUUUCUGAAGGCAUUUGCUUUUCUUUCUACCGAGGUCCGCUUGUCGCGAGCGCCGGAAGAUGUUCAUGCAUACCCGCACCUCCACGGCGACUGGGUUUUGGUCGACCACUGUAGAGAAUGCUCCGUGACUCCGCCGAAGAUCACGGUUUACACCAAGGCGAAUCGGAAGACGAAGGCCAAUGUGGAAAAGAAGCCCACCAAGGCCAUUAUCGAGGACCCCGACGAGGCGGCGCGGUUUGAGAGGCAUUUCCAGGACCUCCCCAGGGCAAUGGCGGUUGCAGCACGGCUUCGACGUCUCGACGGCGGAUUCGUGACCAUGGAUAUGAGGAUCAUGCUGCAGCCCAAGACCUUGUCGUCGAGAGCUCUUGGGUAUUUGCUGCAGGCGCACGGCACGCCGAGUCGCGGCCUUCUUGCCCUCCGCAAGGCGGCAGAGACCUCGUUCAGGGUCAUACUGGAUUAUUCUGCAUCGCGUCCAACUGCUGGCUUUGCCCCUUUCUCCGAGUCCGUCCGGCCCUGCGGCGCGAAAUACAGCGCGGGCAUCGAUCUCGCCGGCAAGUUCCAUCCGCCCGAGGAGGGUCCUCCUCGUUUCUGCCGAACAGACAACAAGGGCAUCGAAAUCCGGCACGAACUCAGGGCCAGCCAGAAGGACGCAGUGAACUGGAUGCUGCAGCGCGAGCAGGUGCCCCUUGAUUUCGUUAAGUCCGAGAUCGAGGAGGAAGUGGUCGCGCCGCUCAACGUGCGCAUCGUCGGCAAGGCCGAGUGGGCCAACCGCUUCCCGUACAGCUCCCGCGGCGGCGUUGUCGCUCAUGAAAUUGGCUACGGCAAGACCGUGGUGACGCUCGCUCUUCUCGACUACAUGCGGAAAUUCGAUGCGGCGGAAUCCGUCGAUGAGCGCAAGGAGAAAGUCGACAGCGCCUGGGCGGAAGAGCUGCCCUCGCCUUUCCAGCUUUGCGGGAGUGCCGGUGCGGCGUACUCGAACCUGAAAGCAGACACCUUCUUCUUCCACUUGUCCGCCACUCUCGUGAUCGUUCCGAAGCACAUCACCGACCAAUGGGCUGCUGAGAUUGUCAAGUUCCUUGGCCUGAAGAAACCGCAGGUGCUCCUGAUCAAGUCUGUCGCGGCGUGGUACGACAAAUACCGGUUGGAAGAGCUCCAGAAAGCCGAAAUAAUCAUCGUAAGCAGUGGGGUCAUCGGCAAUGCAUUCUUCGAACGGCUGCAGACUGUCGCGGGGAGGGGUCCCGACUAUCCGAAAGGCCUCUCCGGGAGGACCCUCGAGGCCUGGUAUCGCCAGGCAUUGCGCAACCACAGGAUUCUCACCGCCUGCUACCUCGCCGGCCGUGCCGCCGGUAUUCCCCACGCGCAGCUCAUGUCCACGAUAUGGGGUGUCCUUCUGCCCGGCCUGAUCGAAAAGCAGCAAGCCGAAAUCGACGAGCUCGUGGAGAAACAGGUCCAAGAGAUCGACCGCCAGCUGUACAAGAAGGCCGCAAAGGGUUCCGGCACUUCAAGCAAGCAGGGCGGCGGCCGGCAGCGGGCCGGAGUGAAGGACGAUGAAGAAGAGACCAAGCCGAGUCUGGGUGCCGCCGACUGGAACAUCACCUCGUUGCACAACUGCAGCUUCGCCCGCGUUGUGUGGGAUGAAUGCUCGUAUGACGAAGGCGGCCUCGUUCCGCUGUUUGUUGCCAAUGUUGUUGCAAACGCCAAGUGGCUGCUCUCGGGCACGCCCAAGCUGUUUGCGCUCGAGCAGGUCUGCAAGAUUGCCAGCGUGUUCGGCAUACACGUCGCGCGGCCGGAGCCACGGAUGCUUCCCGGCCUGCCGGCGGUGACGAAGGGGCCCGAGCUGGACCCCAUGUCCAAGAGCGAAGAGUUUCACGUCUACUCCUCGCGGGUGAGGUCGGCCGCGCUGGCCUGCGAGAGGCACAGCUGCGCCCAAGCGUUCGUGGCGUCGUACUUCCGCGCCAACGCCCUCGAGGAGGAACUGGAGAUACCGUUUGAAGAGCACGUCCGGCCCGUGACGAUGUCGACAUUCAACUCGGCGCGGUACUAUUUGCUCAAUCAGGAGGUCCUCGACGCCGACUUCGACUAUGCGGCGCUCCCGGCCCACGCCCGAGGUGAGGUGGUCAUGCGGGGCAGCGACCUGGCCUGCAGAGACGGACGGGCCGCGGCCAAGAUGCUCAUGGGUUUGCUCGCCUGCGGUCUUGGCGGAGAUGGCGGCUCCGCCGAUGUUCUGAAGUGCGACCUUCUGAGGCGUUAUGAUGUGCUCAGCGACCAGAUGAAGAUGCUCUGGGAUAAGAUGAUGUGGCUCCGCCUUUGGAUCACAGAACUUCGGCGCCGUGAAUUCGGGGAUUCGAAACUUCCCGACCAGGCUCGGGAAAGCCUGGCGCGGGUUGACGCCUUGUGCGCCGGCCUGAGCGGGGCCCUGAAGGGUGACGGCGAUUUUGAGGAAUUUGGCGGUAAAGAGAUGUUCCGCCGCGAGGCAGCUGUUGUGGCUGCUCUGCAGGAGGCCGAUCUGGCCGCGCCAUUUGACGCGGAUCUCGGCAUGGAUUUACUGCGCUUAGAGUGGCAGACGCACUUUUCACAAAACUGGCAGGACCGCUACCGCAAAGACAAAGCGCUGUACACCUGGCUGGACUUCUUUCAGAUCGACAAACCGACCUUCUACCGCCUGAAACGCUACCAACUCCUCCUGCUCGUGGAAGACAUUUGCUGGCUCAGGUACAAGGUCGACCGCCGUGCGACUCCUCUCAACGACCGCCUUCCGGAGGUGGACUUUCUGCGGGAUGCCCUGGCCGUUGGUGCCAACGCUGUGGCCCGCAGCAUUCCUCCCAACAUCGAUGCGCUGGCUGCGAAUGACGCUCUCGUACUAAAUGAUCUCACCGACGAUCAGCUCCGGCAGUUCUUACGUGCUUGCGUCGAGAUGAAACCGGCCCCCCCGACGUGGCAACAGGCCAAAGGCUCAUUUGAAGUCGGCAUACCCCGCGGCAAGCGGGUGAAGGAAUGGCUCCAGGAGCGAGCCCUGGAGCGAAACUUGAAGCUCAACGCGACUCAAACCGCCGAUCAGCUCAAAGAGGCGUUGUGGCGGCACGAGCAAGGUCUCGCUGCAUGUGAGCACUACCGCGAUGGCCGUGCCCCGCCCGACAGGUACCGGGAUAUGGAGUCGGCGACGGCGGCAUGCAGCGCAAAGCCGGGCCCGCAAGUGAAUGCCACCAACGAGGAACUGAAGCGCACCAUGGUGCACCUAACCAAGACGCUCGAAGACCUGCGGACGACCCGACUGGAGGCCAAGUUCGUUCCCGAGUUCUCCUCGGUGGCCGAUGCCGACGACAGAGAUUGCGUCGUCAAGGAGAAGUCGUGCGACUGCUGCCGACAGCCGCUCAGCUCGGCGUCCUCGUCGUUCCUGGUCGUUGCCUGCGGACAUUUCCUGUGCGCCACGUGCAAGUCCGCAUCCCGCUUCUACUGUCCAGCCAAGGAUUGCCAGGCCUUCAUCCGCCAACGGCCGGUCCUUCGCUGCUCCGAGGUGCCGCGGCCUUCCGACGACGGGCCGCGCGGAAAGGCCGGCUGCGUCGCCGAAAUGAUCAAGAAUGAGAUCCCGCGCGACGAGUUUGUCGUCGUCUUUGCUCAGUACGGUCCACUGAUCGAUGCGCUGGCCAAGGCGUUCAAAGAAGCCGGGCUCUCCUGCCUCAACCUCGCCACACUGAGCGACGACAAGAUAUCCUCCAACCUGGAGAACUUCAAGAGCGGGAAGGCUGGGCAGAUCCUAUUGCUCGACAUGGACAGCGAGACCAGCGCCGGGAGCAACCUCACGAUCGCCACGCACGUCAUCUUCGCCAACCCGUAUGUGCAUAACGACGAGGAGCACCAAGCCAGGACUAUUCGGCAAGCCAGGGGCCGGUGCAUCCGCACUGGGCAGACUAAGUUGGUGCAUGUUUACCACUUCAUUGUUCCGGGGACGAUUGAGGAGGAGACGCUGCGCAAGUCCUGCCGGGAUAGCCCGGCUGUGAGGGACUUCUUCCAGAAUUGUGGCAGCAUCCCCUGGUGGUUGGAUGACGAGAUGGUUGAGAACAAGGCCGGGCGCAGCGAUGCCCAGCCCAGCGAGGAGGCGUAGGGGUAGU